AUGAAAAUAAAGGAUCUAUUUCGUACAUUUAAUAUGUAUGAAAAUAUUGAACCAUUAUCCGAUGAAAUAAAAGUAUUUCAAUGUGAAGAAGCUGAUGAAACAUCAUCAAUAAAUAGUGCACUUAGUGCAAUGUCUUUAAGAUCAAUAGCUAAUAGUCGUUGUAAUGAAAAUAUAUCAGUUAAUGAUGAUAUACAACAAAGAUUAAAACGUAUUCAUCAAAUGGUUGCAUCAAGAAAAGAAUCUAAAGAUAAUGAACAAGAAAUAAUUCCAAAUCGAAUCGAACGUAAUGAAGAUGAUGAUGAAGAGGAAUAUGAUGAAGAAAAAGGUGCUCAAUUAUUACAAAAAAUGAUCGCUUCAGUACUUAAACCUAAAAGCAGACAAAAAGAAGCUUUUAUACAAAAUAUGAAUUUUAAACCAGAUUUAGUCACAAGUACAACAGAUAAAAAGUAUCGUUGGCCACAAUAUGAUAAGUCAGAUAAAAAUGGAAGAAUUUAA